UAGUGCCGUCGGCUCUAUAUAUAUACUCAGCAGUGCCUACACUCUAGACUAGACUUAUAUCGACUACCCUGCAAGAUGAAGGUGGCAGCGUUGUUAGUGUGUUGGUUGGCCUUGGCUUCCGCCACUGGUACCCUCACACCCUGGGACGUGUUCAAGAUUCGGUAUGGCCGGCAGUACGCGGAUGCCGCGGAGGAGGGAUACCGCCAGAGUGUCUUCGAGGAGAACCAGAAAAUGAUUGACGACUUCAACGCGAGAUAUGAGAACGGCGAAGUGACCUUCACGCUGAAGAUGAACCAGUUCGGCGACAUGACGCUUGAGGAGUUCAGCGCCACAAUGAAUGGGUACAAGAGGCCAGAAGGUCGCCGCUCCGUGGCUCAGUACACUCCCGAAGACGACGGGUUUCCUCGGGCGACAGCCCUAGACUGGAGGGACAAGGGCGCCGUAACCGAUGUCAAGAACCAAGAACAGUGUGGUUCCUGUUGGGCAUUCUCCGCGACAGGAUCUCUGGAGGGUCAGCACUUCCUCAAGACUGGACAGCUGGUCAGCCUCUCCGAGCAGAACCUCGUCGAUUGCUCUAACGAUUACGGAAACGAAGGUUGUGCUGGAGGACUCAUGGACCUCGCCUUCCAGUACAUCCAGGAUAAUGACGGCAUCGAUACAGAAGAUUCUUAUCCUUACGAAGCUGAGGAUGGAAAGUGCCGCUUUAGCGCGGACAACGUGGGAGCCACAUGCGCAGGUUACGUGGACAUCCCGGAGGGCAACGAGACAGCUCUUCUCUCAGCAGUGAUUGCUGUGGGUCCCAUCUCUGUGGGCAUUGAUGCCUCACACCAGAGCUUCCAGUUCUAUGAUAAUGGUGUAUACUUUGAGCCCAACUGCUCGACGACUUUCCUUGACCACGGGGUACUGGCUAUUGGCUACGGCACUUCCGACGGGGGCGACUUCUAUCUGGUCAAGAAUUCAUGGGGAAAGACCUGGGGCACCCAGGGAUACAUACAGAUGUCUCGCAACAAGAAUAACAACUGUGGCAUCGCCACUCAAGCCUCGUACCCACUCGUCUAGAAGUGCAGGGUUCUGUUGUUAGAACGAGCAGUGUGUCGGAGAGGAAGGAUUUCCUGUUGAGGGAAGUUUGCCAUCAGUAAACCCCCUAACCUGCAGUCCAGGACUGGAGAGGCUGAAGUGUGCAACAGAACUCUAUGGCUUUAUAAUAGAGCUCUGCACUAGGAAGGACAGUCAACUUGGAAGAAUGUUCAUGAGUUUUCUGCACCAUCUAAUCAGAAAACCGUCACUACGUAAUAACCACAUUUCAUCUUCGUUCUACCGUAGCUUUACAUCACUGCAACUACAGCAACAUUACCCAGUAUUCCUCUAUUGUAUUUCAUUUUCUCUAAGUACAGGAAUCUUUUGUUUUCCUAACUUUUAAAUGGUAUUAAUAAAAGUAUUGAUUUUACAA